CGGCGCUGGGCCGGGGCGAGGGAGCUGAGGGCCGGCCGCGCCCGCCCGGGCCAUCGCGGGCUGCCGGCGAAGCCCCGCCAUGCCUGCCGCGCCGCUGCCGCCCAAGGAGAGCAACCUCUUCAAGAGGGUCCUGAAAUGUUAUGAACAAAAACAGUACAAAAAUGGACUCAAAUUCUGUAAGAUGAUCCUUUCCAAUCCAAAGUUUGCUGAGCAUGGAGAAACUUUGGCUAUGAAAGGACUGACCUUGAAUUGUUUAGGGAAGAAAGAAGAAGCAUAUGCAUUUGUUCGCAAAGGCCUUCGUAAUGAUGUAAAAAGUCAUGUGUGUUGGCAUGUUUAUGGACUCCUGCAGCGCUCUGAUAAAAAAUAUGAUGAAGCUAUUAAGUGCUAUCGAAAUGCUCUGAAAUUAGAUAAAGACAAUCUACAAAUUCUGAGAGAUCUCUCACUGUUGCAGAUCCAAAUGAGGGAUCUUGAAGGCUACAGAGAGACCAGGUAUCAGCUGCUGCAGCUGCGGCCCACGCAGAGGGCUUCUUGGAUUGGAUAUGCAAUUGCAUAUCAUUUGUUAAAAGAUUAUGAUAUGGCCUUAAAAUUACUGGAAGAGUUUAGAAAAACUCAGCAGAUCCCUCCUAAUAAAAUAGACUAUGAAUAUAGUGAAUUAAUAUUGUACCAGAAUCAAGUUAUGAGAGAGGCAGAUCUGUUUCAAGAAUCUCUGGAACACAUAGAAACUUACGAGAGGCAAAUAUGUGACAAGCUCAUGAUAGAUGAAAUAAAAGGAGAAAUGUUGUUGAAGUUGGGAAGAUUGAAAGAAGCUUCUGAAGUCUAUAGAGAGCUUAUUGAUCGGAAUGCAGAAAAUUGGUGUUACUAUGAAGGCUUGGAGAAAGCUCUACAGCCACGCUCUUUAGAUGAGAGACUAGAAAUGUAUGAAGAAAUAAGCAAGCAACAUCCAAGAGCGGUUUCACCUAGAAGAUUACCUUUAAACUUCGUCACAGGUGAAAAAUUUAGAGAACUAAUGGAUAAAUUCCUGCGGGUUAACUUCAGUAAAGGCUGCCCACCCUUGUUUACCACUUUGAAAUCUUUGUAUUACAGUAAAGAAAAGGUUUCUACGAUCCAAGAGCUUGUUACUGGUUACGAAGCUUCUUUGAAAACCUGCGACUUGUUCAGUCCAUAUGAAAACAGCGAUCAAGAGCCACCGACAACUCUGCUUUGGGUUCGCUAUUUCCUUGCACAGCACUUUGACAAACUGGGUCAGUUUUCCCUGGCCUUGGAAUACAUUAAUUCUGCCGUUGCAAGUACGCCAACACUAAUAGAGUUGUUCUAUCUGAAAGCAAAAAUUUAUAAGCAUGUAGGCAACCUAAAGGAGGCUGCCAAAUGGAUGGAUGAGGCGCAGUCGUUGGAUACAGCCGAUAGAUUCAUCAACUCCAAAUGUGCAAAGUAUAUGCUGAGAGCAAACAUGGUGAAGGAUGCAGAAGAGAUGUGUUCCAAGUUCACACGGGAAGGAACUUCUGCCAUGGAGAAUCUCAAUGAAAUGCAGUGCAUGUGGUUCCAAACAGAAUGCGCUUUAGCUUUUCAGAGACUAGGGAAAUAUGGAGAUGCCUUGAAAAAGUGCCAUGAAGUGGAGAGGCACUUUUUUGAGAUAACAGAUGAUCAAUUUGACUUCCACACCUACUGCAUGAGAAAGAUGACACUCCGUGCCUACGUGGACCUCUUGAGGUUGGAAGACGUUCUCAGGCAACAUGCCUUCUACUUCAAGGCGGCUCGCUCAGCAAUUGAAAUCUACCUGAAGCUAUAUGAUAAUCCGCUAGCCAAUGAAAGCAAAGAACAAGAAGUAAAUUCAGAAAACCUUUCGGCCAAAGAGCUUAAGAAAAUGCUUAGUAAGCAAAGACGAGCACAGAAGAAAGCUAAACUGGAAGAGGAAAGAAAGCAUGCAGAGCGAGAGAGGCAGCAGAAGAACCAAAAGAAGAAGCGAGAGGAGGAAGAGGAAGAAACCAGUGGUCCCAAGGAAGAAUUAGUUCCUGAAAAACUGGAAAGGGUUGGCAAUCCAUUAGAGGAAGCAAUUAAGUUCCUUAUACCACUUAAGAAUCUUGCGGCCGAUAACAUAGACACACAUCUUUUAGCAUUUGACAUUUAUUUAAGGAAAGGAAAGUUUCUCUUAAUGUUGCAGUCGGUUAAAAGAGCUUUUGCUAUUGACAGUAAUAACCCGUGGCUACAUGAAUGUUUAAUUAAAUUCUCCAAAUGUGUGUCUGAUCAUAGUAAUCUGCCAGAAAUUGUGAACAAAGUCCUAACCCAAGAAAUGCAGAAGAUUUUUAUUAGUAAAGAUUUGGAAAGUUUCAAUGAAGAAUUUCUCAGACGCAAUUCUACCUCCAUACGGCAUCUGCUGUCAGGUGCCAAGAUGAUGUAUUUCCUGGACAACUCAAGACAAGAGAAAGCUAUUGGCAUUGCGACUAAACUAGAUGAAACGAUGACAGAUAAAAAUGUGAAGACUUUAACAACAGUUUUGGAGUCCUUACUCGAUGGCAGCUUUGGAUCCAGCCCCACCCAGAGUGAUGACUAUCGCCUGGCCUGCCACAAACUCUUUCCUUUAGCAGCUGCAUUUGUCUCUCCCACGAAGGAAGACGAUGGUAGCUUUGCAUCGAUCAAUCAUACAGCCAUUCAUCACAAUGUGCUGUCCAAUGAAAUUUAAAGCCGAGCAAUGGGAUUUGUGCUCUCUUCCAGACUGGUUGAACACAGUUCAGGGUUUAUACUUCCGAACACAUCGGAAAAAUUCAAACAGGCAGUUGAAUGAAAAUGUCCUGUGCUAUGAGCUCAUUUCUCUCAACAGGAGCUGCUGAUAUUUAUGUAGACAUCUAUCUCUGCAUAAUACUGGUUAUGUUUAUAUUUGUACAGUUAUGGAUCUUUUUAUCCAAAAUCAUGGACGCAAGAGAUUGACCAUUCACAUGAAUGCUGUUACAUAUUCAAAUAAAUACAGCCACUUCUUAUAAAACCUAUUGGAUUAGCAAACUUGGCAACUUAAAAGGGUUAUCAUACUUGUCCAUUGUUUUCAGCUUUUUUAUUUGUUUCUUUCAAAGCACAAAUCCUAAUUAUGGGUGAUGGCAGUUUUCUGUUUAUUUAAAGCAUUUUAUGGAAACUGCUUAAUUCGGAGAGCUUAUUUGUGUUUUUAAAUUGGUAUGCUUUUUUUAAAAAAGCUAUAACCUCCUUUUUCUCGUAACUAUUAGUUUGAACUGUUUAUUAAAUAUUUUUGAACUAUUGAAUACCCGCUAUUACUGUUUAGAUACUUGUUUCUUCACCACUUACAAAUUUUGAAAUAUUAUUCCACUUUUUUGUGGGGGGAGGGUACAACAACAUAGAAUGUGGCCAAUCCCAGAUAAUAAGUUAUGUUUAAAUAUGAUGUUGAGCUCUGUUAAAACUCACAAGAAAUGAACUUCAGUUUUUGCUGAAGUAUUGAUUUAAGUGCUAUAAAGCAAUUAGUGGUUAAUAUUUACUUUAACAAAUUUAAAUGAGCACAAUUAGUUUGUCUACAAAUCACAGUUGAUAUUUUUCUUUGUAUUUUGGUGCAUUAAUCCAAAUGGAUUACGUCUACAACAUAUCAAAGUUCUAAGUCAACCAUCUUAAAUGUUUUACUUCAAUGGCUAUUCAUGACAACUUUAUAUAAACUGCUGUCCAAACUUAAAAUACACCCUGGCUUGUACAGAAAAUCCAUUUUCUGAAAAAUAAUCGAACCAGUUUAUUUCCUUUUAAUGGUUAAUGUAAAUAUUUAAGUAAUAUUACUUAGGCCCUAUGCAAAAUCCAAGAAGGGAAGUUUUACCAAGACAGACAGUUAUCUUGAAGACAGUCUCUUCUGUCAUCUGUUUAGAAUCAAUAGUUGAAUGAAAAAUUCACUGUAAAAUAAUGCCAACUGAUGUAAUGCUGUAAUAAAUUAUUUUGUACACAUUG